AUGCUUGUCUCUUGUUGGCGCUUUGCUCAAGACUCGGCGAGUGCUGCGGCAAAGAGAAUGCCUCGCGGCCGAGAUGACUGCGGCAAUCCGUACGGUCCUUCGGUGCCUCGAAGCUCGGUCCUCAUCUUCCCACGCUUUGUGCUAGCGUCGUUUGUCGUCACGCGUGCAAACAAAGGGCUUCGUCUGCGUGGACGUACAAAAGAUGAGCUCAUUGAUCUUUUGCACGAGCCUGGGGCUCGUCAGAUGACCCCGACCCAGGAUGUUGGUGUCACAGCCUUUGCCAAUAUUGCCAGCGCUCACCUGAAACGACCACGGUCCUCGUGGGAAAAUUGGCCGCGCUGUUCGCUGCCAUUUCGCACCGACUUCAUAUCGGCCUUUGCCAGCGAUGCUCAUAGCGCCUUGGCCGACGUCUACGGCCAAUUUCCGCGGCGAAUUCGAUCGUCGUUGCAACUCAGCAUGCUCCCGUGGUCCCCGAGCGUCAGCAACCCAAACGCGGAUGGUGGCAUGAGCCCCAGAGACGAACACAGCCGCGGCUCCAACGGCAUGUUUCGGCCGGAAUGGCAUCACUCGCUGUGCUGCUAUGCUGCUAUGACUCCGGACCAUCCUACCGCCGAAAGGCAGACCUACGCAUCGCUUUGA